UCGCCUUCAUUGAACAGCCAUAGACAUAGGAAGAAGUCCGAAUACGGAAUAUCUAAUAAAGGGUACCUAUAUCAACAUAAGAUAUCAGUGGCAUUCUCCCAUGCAAAAGCUUGUACAAUGUUCUAUAUAUUGUCACUGUGAGUAUACGUACAGUAUCGAAUUAAUGCUCACAAAAGCUUGAAACUAAUAUGAAAUUGGAACAACAUAGCGCAAACUCAAUAUCUUGCAAUAUUUAAAACAAGUUUUGCAAUGUAUCAACGAUGAAAAUAAUAAUUUUGUUAUCAUGCAGCAUCAGAAAGAAUGCAACAUAAAUGGAGAAAACCUGUCCUGUUCGGUUUUGGAGUUGCAGUGGUUUGUUUAAUGAUAAUUCUGGAAAGUUUCCAUCCAUCAUUCAUAAAUUUACAGUAUAGAAAGUACCAAGAUAAUUUUAAAGACGAAAUAUUGUUUAAACCAGUCAAUGACACAAACUGCUUAUACACGUUAGAUGGACGGAUAGAUCGUGAUCUUGAAGGGAAUUUCGUAAUACCCGCAGAGGAUGUUGUGAAGCUAUUACCUCAUCAUAUAGCCGAAUGCUUAUUAAGAAGAUAUACUUCAACUCUACAGACUUACUGUGCAAAACGUAGCCAUCAUGGUCAAUUGGAACAUAGUUGGAACUUUUGUAUCGAUGGCUGCUAUAAACCAAACAGUAAUACAAAAGUUAUUGCAUUCAGCAUUCGUGACGACUAUCAUAAUGCUUAUGGUCUAUCGGCUUUCUUUAAUAGUACUGCAUAUCGAUUUAGUCCUAGAGAUUCUAUGAAGUCGAAAAACGACGUUAUGUUUAAAUUGAAGUCACGGAACAAACUUGCUGACACAAGGCGACUUUGGACAAUGGAUGGUAUCAAAGACUUUUUAAAGAGUACAAAUGUUGGUAGUUUAACUUCUAGUAACUUAAAAUAUCAAUGA